AUGGCUUUCUUUUUUACAAGAAUUGUUCGCUAUGUUAUAUUCGCAGUAAUUUUAUUUUACGCGGUUCAGUACUUUCUUCGUUGGAAAUCCUACGUGAUUUCGCCUAAAAUCUUCCGAACAGCUGCUACAGCUUCACUUGGUGCAAAUGGAAUAUCGAGUGUAAAUAUGCUGCGAAACGAAUUGCGCCGUUCGUAUGGACAGCAUAUUAUCGAAAGUGGUUGGGAAGCGGCAUAUGGCGGUGGUCUAGAUUUAAGAAUAAAUUUCUUGUAUAUGGCUCCCACUGAAUAUAUUGCAGUGCUUCAUGCUCCAUAUCGAACAUCAGGCUUUUCUGGCUGGCAUUGGUCUAAUUCUACCUGUACCGUUUUAAAUGGCGAAGUGGUCCGAAUUGCAUAUAGUGCAUACGUUAGAAAUAAAGAAACAUUUAAAACUGGUAACAAUUUCCGCCAUGGUGAAUUCGAUCGUUAUACGUACGAAUUUUCGAACGAGUCAUAUUUAGCUUGUUAUGGUAGAGGUGCAAUUCAAAUCAGUUCGCUUUGGUUGGGUUCUGGUGCUAUUGCGAGAGGCGAUCCAGUUUCCUUUGCUAAAAUCUUAUUUAUGUAUAUGCACAGAUCUAUGCAUGAAAUCGGGUUUUCUAUUUCGAAAACUGCUCAACACUAUAAAAGCAAAGUGAUGAAUACCGAAUUAUAA